AUGCCAGGUGUAUCAGUUAGAGACGUUCCAGCUCAAGAUUUCAUUAACGCUUACGCUCAAUUCUUGCAAAGACAAGGUAAAUUAGAAGUCCCAGGUUACGUUGACAUUGUCAAAACCUCUGCCGGUAACGACUUGCCACCACAAGAAGCUGAAACUUGGUUCUACAAAAGAGCUGCUUCUAUUGCCAGACACAUUUACUUGAGAAAACAAGUUGGUGUUGGUGCUUUGAACAAAUUAUACGGUGGUGCUAAAAACAGAGGUUUCAGACCACAUAAACACGUUGAUGCUUCCGGUUCUAUCAACAGAAAAUGUGUUCAAGCUUUACAAAAGAUUGGUGUUUUGGAAAUUUCUCCAAAAGGUGGUAGAAGAAUCUCUGAAAAUGGUCAAAGAGAUUUGGACCGUAUUGCUGCCCAAACUUUGGAAGAAGAUGACGAAUAA